AGUAACCAAAUAAAAAGGAACUCGAGACCAUCCCAAGAUCUCAUUCCGUUACCUUUAGUCCGUUCACUCCCAUUGUUCCUCCGGAGAUCGGACGAUUCCCGCCGUCCGAUCUCAGCUCAUUUUCAGAUCCGUAUCCGCAAUUUGCUACAAGUUUGCUUGAGAUCAAAAUUAAGCUGCUAUGGGAUCUGAUGGUCAAAAUUGGUAUUUCGAUUUAACCUAUGACCAAUGGACUCCUCUGUCUGUCUCUGGUCCGAGACCAGCUGCACGCUACAAGCAUGCAGCUGCUACAGUUGAUGGAAAAUUAUACAUCAUUGGUGGAAGUCGUAAUGGACGAUACCUGUCUGACAUUCAGGUUCUUGAUCUAAAGAGUUUGACAUGGUCCGUUAUAAAGUUGAAUUCUGGAGUUCUUCCAGCUACCUCUGGCCACAAUAUGAUUAAGUGGGAAAAUAAACUUCUAUUUCUUGCUGGUCACUCAAAGGAUGUUUCUGAUACAGUAACAGUUCGGUUCAUCGAUCUUCAAUCAUAUGAAUGUGGUGUCAUAGAGACCUUUGGAAAACUUCCGGUAGCCCGAGGUGGGCAAUCUGUUACCAUUUUUGGAUCUAAACUCAUAAUGUUUGGUGGAGAAGACCGGAAUAGGUUUCUGCUAAAUGAUGUUAAUGUUCUUGAUCUAGAGACAAUGACUUGGAGUACUGUUGAGACCACGCAGACAUCCCCAGCUCCCAGAUUCGAUCAUACAGCUGCACUCCAUGCCGAUCGCUACCUUCUGAUUCUGGGUGGAUGUUCUCAUUCAGUAUUUUUCAACGAUCUUCAUGUCCUUGACUUGGAAACGAUGGAAUGGUCGCGACCACAACUUCAGGGGGAUCUGGUUAGUCCAAGAGCUGGUCAUGCUGGUGUUACUCUAGGUGACAACUGGUAUAUCGUUGGUGGUGGAGAUAACAGAAGCGGUGUGCCAGAAACUCUUGUGUUAAAUAUGUCGAAGCUUGUAGUUUCAGUAUUAGCAACUGUAAAGGGGAGAGAUCCGCUCGCAAGUGAGGGACUGAGUGUGUCUUCAGCAUUACUUGAUGGUGAGAAAUUCUUGGUUGCUUUUGGUGGCUACAAUGGGAAGUACAAUAACGAGGUAUAUGUUAUGAGGCCUAAACCAAGGGAUGUAUUACAUCCCAAGAUACUUCAGUCACCAGCGGCCGAAGCAGCAGCAGCUUCUGUUAGAGCUGCAUAUGCCUUAACUAAACCUGAAAAGUUGGAUUUAUCUGAAAGAGAAGAUUCCAAUUUUAAGGAAGUCCAUGUUGAUAACACUCAGCAAAAGCUUUCAGCCGAAAUUAGUGCAAUUGGACAACAAAAAAAGGCGUUGGAGUCAUUGCUUGCAGACGUCCAAGCAGAAAAUGCUAAUCUCAAGGCCAAGAUUGAAGAAGUCAAUAACACUCAUGCUGACUUGUCCAAGGAGCUUCAGUCAGUUCAAGGUCAACUUAUAUCUGAGAGAUCAACAUGUGCUAAACUGGAGGCACAAAUAACGGAGCUACAAAAGAUGCUCGAAUCCAUGCAGUCUAUAGAGGAGGAAGUUCAAGCUCUACGAAAAGAGAAAUCUGAAUUGGAACGUGACAUGGAGCGUGCUGCAUCUGUCCAGAAACAGGGCUCGGGCGGUGCUUGGAAGUGGAUUACUGGAUGAGCAUGAAAAUCAAUUUGCGCAUUUGCAACCUCAGUUUUUUUCCCCAUUACUGCCAGUUUGCAAAUCUUGUAAUGCUGUUUUGUUAGAGGAAGUGCGACUUUGGAAUUUUUGUUGAACAUAUAUGGUUGUGUGAAGAUUAGGAAAUGAUUGAAAAAACACAUGUAGCAUGCUUUUCACUUGCUUUCUUUAUGUCAUCUGUGGCACUAGCAUUUUGUAAUCGCAACUUUUAAUUGUAGCAAAUUCAUUGUUUUUCAGUGUCAUAUAUACCUCAUUCAUUUGUAAA